CAGAACCAGGAAACAGGAAUCUGAAACUGAAGUGUAGCUGAGCUUUUGUGUGUUUGUGUCUCUGUAUUCAUGCAGUAAAAUGGCAGAAGCCAGAAUUUCUCAGGAUGAAUUCAUGUGUUCAGUGUGUCUGGAUCUCCUGAAGGAUCCAGUGACCAUUCCCUGUGGACACAGUUUCUGCAAGAUCUGUAUUACAGGCUGCUGGGAUCAGGAGGAUCAGAAGAGAGUCUACAGCUGCCCUCAGUGCAGACAGACCUUCAGUCCAAGACCUGCUUUAGCUAAAAUCACCAUUCUGGCUGAAAUGGUGGAGAAACUGAAGAUUAAACUCUCUGCUGACUGUUACGCUGGAGCUGGAGAUGUGCAGUGUGACGUCUGUACUGGAAGAAAACACAAAGCCAUCAAGUCCUGUCUGGUGUGUCUGAACUCUUACUGUCAGAAUCACCUUGAACAACAUGAGAGUUUGUUUAAAGGAAAGAGACACAAUCUCACUGAACGACUGCAGGAGAUGAUCUGCCCGAAACACGACAAGAUCCUUGAGGUUUUCUGCCGCACUGAUCAGAAUUGUAUAUGUCUGCUGUGUACGAUGUAUGGACAUAAAAACCACGACACUGUAUCAGCUGCAGCACAGAGGACAGAGAAACAGCACCAGCUGAAGGAGACACAGAGGUCAUUCCAGCAGAGGAUCCAGCAGAAGGAGAAAGAUCUUCAGCAGCUGAGAGAGGCUGUUGAGUCUCAUAAGCGCUCAGCACAGACAGCAGUGGAGGACAGUGAGAGGAUCUUCACUGAGCUCAUCCGCUCCAUUGAGAGAAGCCGCUCUGAGGCUACACAGCGGAUCAGAGAUCAGGAAAAGACUGCAGUGAGUCGAGCUGAAGAACGACUGGAGCGACUGGAGCAGGAGAUCAAUGAUCUGAGGAAGAAAGACGCUGAGCUGGAGCAGCUUUCACACACACAGGAUCACAUCCAUUUCCUGCAGAGUUUCCAGUCUCUCUCAGCUCCUGCUGAAUCUACAUAUGUAAAUGAAGAUGCCUUCAGUUCUCUCUCCUCUUUUAAUGGAGUGAGAGAAUCUGUCUGUCAGCUGAGAGACAAACUGGAGGAUUUCUGCAAAGAGGAGCUGAAGAAGAUCUCUGACAGAGUCACUUUCACCAUCAUUGUUCCCAGAACCAGGAACGACUUCCUACGAUAUUCCAUUCAGCUCAAUCUGGAUCCAGACACUGCAUAUAAAAACCACUGUCUGUCUGAGAGGAACAGAGUGAUUACUUACACUGACACAGAUCAGCCGUAUCCUGAUCAUCCAGACAGAUUUGAUUAUUGGCAGCAAGUGAUGUGUCGAGAGAGUGUGUGUGGACGCUGUUACUGGGAGAUUGAGUGGAGUGGGGAUAAUGGUGUCAUAGUGUCAGUGUCAUAUAAGAGCAUCAGCAGGAAGGGUGAUGCUAGUGAGUGUUUGUUUGGAUAUAAUGAUCAUUCCUGGUGUUUGUUCUGCCAUUCCUCCGGUUACUCAUUCAGACACAAUAACAUACAGACUAAACUCCCAGUAAAGCCCAUCAGCAGUAGAAUAGGAGUGUAUGUGGAUCACAGUGCAGGAACUCUGUCCUUCUUCAGCGUCUCUGGAGACACAAUGAUCCUCAUCCACACAGUCCAGACCACAUUCACUCAACCGCUCUAUCCUGGGUUUUAUGUUUAUAAAUCAUCAGUGAAACUGUGUUGAUGAAUCAGAAUAGACUGUAGAGAGAUUCUACCCAUAAGUGAGAAAGAGUCUCUUAUUUUCUCUUCAUUACAUGAAAGGUGGGGUGAGUCAUUUUUCAAAAACACUGUUUGGAAGUUAGUCGGCCGACACCAACAACAAACGUGUAACCAAUCAGCAUUAGGGGGCGUAUGACGGUUGA